GUUUCUUCGGAGUUUUCCUUCUUUACGCCUUCAGUGAACGUCAGUGUUUCUCGGUGUGUUGACAAACUAGAGACGUUCGUUGUGCUGGGUCAAUCAAACUUUCGGACCUCGUCAAAAAUUGUCAUUGAAAUUUUUUAACUACUUUCGGUAAGAUGACGAACUUCCUGGCCCUUCUGGUGGUCUCCUUGGCUUGCGUAAUUGUCCACGCCCAACAAACAUCGAAUCAGAAACCUGUUUUUGGACAAACGUUCGACGAAAUCGUGGUCUCAUCGGAUCUGAACGUCAGAAGAAAGUCCAAGGAGAGCCGUCAGGGUAAAAGACUAACAAACAUACCUUCGGGAACCACUGGACAACCUGAAAAAUCUACCGCAGUCGCGUCCAGAUUCGUUUCCAGCGAUGGCACUCGUAUCGCCUCGGAAAAAACGCAAAAAAAACGCGAGAUUUCGAAUUUGCAAAAGAGGUAUUUAGACAUGGGCGUCGCGGGAUACUUGCUGAAAUCUCGGAAACGAUGAAAAUUCCACUCCGAGGACAACCGCACGAUCCUCACACACCCAUUCCGACCAUACAUUUCGGACUUCUUUCGGACCAUGGCUCAUGUAACAAAAAGAAUAAUAAAAAUUUUCUGUGU